AUGUGCGUUUUAUUUUUUGGAACGAAAGAAUUCGGAUUCGUUGACCGUGAUAAAAUUGAAGAUUAUACGCAAAAUCGUGAAAAAUUCAUUGGAAAAGGAAGAGGAUCGGAUUUCAAGUAUGCUGUAAAUCAAAUGGAUAAUUAUAUAUCUGAUCCGACGAAAUUCCGAUCGAAUGCGUUUGUAAAACCCACAAAUAAAAAGGUUCCAAUAAAAACUGAGCGCGACAUCGAACGUAGACUUGGUGUCAAAACGGAACCGAGUGAGUCAAACGAGCUGAUUGCAAAUGAUUUAUCCAAUAACUUGACUGAAAGCAAAUGGCAAGAUGAAAAGAAAAUUAUGAUUCAAAAAAUAUUAGCCCUAAAGACUGAAAACCAGCAACAUUUGUUGACUCUUAAAAAGUCACAAGCAGAGUGCAAUGCAAUGCAACUCUCGAAACAAAAAUUGGAGCAGGCUAUCGUGGAAAAUGAAGUGAAAUUCUCAAUGCAAUUGAAGGAGCUCCAAUCGAAACUUUCUGCGGCUGAAAUUGAAAUUCGCGAAAUGAAAACAAUCAAUGAAAAAACCAUAUCUGAUUUAAAACGUGAGCAACGAUUGUUAGUGGCACGAACGAAACAAUAUCAAACUGGCAUGGGUAUGCAUCAAAGUACAUCCUUAAUUGAAAAUCAUAAACCAGAAACAGACAAUCGGGAAUAUGAAGUUGAUGCAAUAAUAAAACACCGAGAUAGAAAAGGAGGUCGACAAUAUCUCAUACGAUGGAAAGGAUAUGGUUCAGAAGAGGAUUCAUGGGAAAAAGAAGGGAAUAUGUCGUGUCCGAAAGUGCUCAAGGAAUACAUCAAAUCAAUACAACAAAACUGA